ACAAACAUUGCAAACAGUCGCUGAGGCAAACAGCAACUUUUGUCCUCUUGAAUUUGUUGUUUCAUAGCCAUACGACACUGAAAGUCAUGGUGUCCUCAGGACGUCAAAUAUUGGGCAUUUCCCUGGCCAUCCUCGGAUUUUUGGGAAGCAUUGUCAUCUGUGGUUUGCCCAACUGGAGGGUGUCGGCGUUCAUUGGAGCCAACAUCGUGACCUCGCAGAACGUUUUGGAAGGUCUCUGGAUGAACUGUGUGGUUCAAAGCACAGGGCAGAUGCAGUGUAAGGUCUAUGACUCUCUUCUCGCCCUUCCUACAGAUCUGCAGGGUGCGAGAGCAUUGAUUAUAGUUGCCAUCAUUGCCGGCGUGUUUGGAAUCAUGAUGUGUAUCGUCGGAGGGAAGUGCACCAACUUUGUGGAAGACGAGGCAUCUAAGGCAAAGGUUGCCAUCGCCAGCGGGGUCAUCUUUAUUAUUGCCGGAGUUCUUGUUCUUGUUCCAGUUUGCUGGACAGCGAACAGCAUAAUCAGAGACUUUUAUAACCCCAUAUUAAUUGACGGCCAGAGGAGAGAGCUUGUCAUGGCUUCCCUGGGCAUGCAAAUGCUGGCUAGUUCUUUGGCUCUUUUGGGUUGGGUGGGAGCUCUCCUGUCCUGUUUCUUCCCCAUGUGGCGUGUGACGGCCUUUGUUGGAACCACCAUCGUCACCUCAGAAAUCAUGUGGGAAGGCAUUUGGAUGAGUUGCGUGACACAGAGCACAGGUCAGAUCCAGUGCAAACCGUAUGAGUCCAUGCUCGCACUCAGCACGGAUCUCCAGGCUGCCCGGGCCCUGAUGGUGAUGUCCAUUCUCAUGGGAGCGGCGGGCCUGAUUUUGGCCUUUCUUGGAGGAAAGUGCACUAUCUUCCUGAGCCGAACCAAAAGCACCAAAGCUAAAGUCGUGGGAGCUGCUGGCAUCAUUCUGAUCGUCGCUGGCAUUCUUUGCUUGAUUCCAGUGUCAUGGUCGGCUUGCAUUGUAGUGAAGGCAUUCUACAACCCACUACUGACGGAUUCGCAGCGCAGGGAGAUUGGGGGAGCCAUUUAUUUAGGCUGGGGUGCAUCUAUCCUACUGGUUUUAGGCGGAGGAAUGCUGUGCACCUCAAUCUGCACAGGGAACACAGUGGAUGACGAUGGUCCGUCUGUGAAAUACUUGGUUGUGCGUUCUUCGCUGGCAGGGUCCAGAAUGGCAGGUUCACAGAGAAUGCGGCCGGUCUCCGUGAGGUCUGUGCCAAACAGUGCUCCUUCUGUGAGGUCAGAGUGGAGUCAGAAAGCACCUUUGAAUCAUCAGAACAGUUUACCCUCCACAGGUUCAGAUCACAGCAAGCCAUCGACCACAAAGUCGCAGCUUGCAAGAGCUGAGUCAGUAGCAGAGUGAGGGGGCGUCAACAAACUCUCAGCGGAUUAAGAAAAGUUUGAAUCAGACCCUGACAUCCGCUGCACCAAGAGACACAUCUGAAGAUCCUUCAAAGACAUAUAUUUGAUUUAAGAAACCUUGAAUUGAUACUCAAGGAUACUCAAGGUCUUGAUACCUUGAGUUGACCCUAUUAGAAUGCAACAGCGUCUUGCACUUGGACAAGCAUAUAUCUGCCGUAGCACUGUGAAUUUAGCAUUAUUAAGAAAAUGUAGAAUUGUUAUUGUUAUUUUAAGCAUUUUUAGACUAUUUAAAAAAAAUUAACGAUAGCACUAUUGCUUAGAUACUAUAUUAAUUUACUUACACUGCACUUAAGUGCAAAUAAUGCUGUAGAUGAAGAUUUAUAAUGUUAAUUAAACAGAGACUUAAAGUGAUAGUUCAACCAAAGUGAUAGUUCUUUCAUCAUUUACUCACCCUCUUGUCAUUUCAAACCUGUAUGACUUUCUUUCUUCCGCAGAACACAAAAGAAGAUAUUUUGAAGAAAGUUGGUAAAUGAACAGCGCUGUCCCCAAUUCACUUCUAUUGUAUAGACACAAAACCAAUGCAAGUGAAUGGGGGCAAGUUAACAACAUUCUUCAAAUUAUCAAAUUAAGAAAGUCAUACAGGUUUGAAAUGACAAGAGGGUGAGUAAGUGUCAGGUUGUAAAGAUUAUCUUGUGAUUCAGCGGUGUAAUGUCAAUCAUUUGUCUAGUUUCACACUGUGUUCAUGGUUGUAUGUGGUAAAAUGUUUUCCCCCCUCACUAAAAUAGUAGAUCUGUUAGCAUAGUUUUUUUUGUCAUUUUUAAAGUAAAGACCCAACACCUCUUUAACAAAUUUAUGGAAAUAUGUCAGUUUCAUUCAAAUCUCAUGUCUUUUUUGUUUGGGAGCUAGUUGUAGAAAGUUCUGGUUGAAAUUGCCCCAUAAAAGCACUCUUACAUUCUUGGCCACACAUGUGGUCCUUCAGAUAUGCUGGACAAUGGUUUAGUUCAGAUUUUCAAGGGAGGGUAAGAACACUCUCUUCGUUGUUUGUCUUUCUUCUGUGUCAACUCGAGCACUGCGUGAAACAGCAGAUUCAGACCAAACCGGUUUAACAGAGAGUAUCAUCUCAUGAAAGCAUUUGCAUGUGGUCAUUUGAAAAGAACUUAAACUGAGUUUCAGUACGUGGUGGGGGGAUAACACUUUGUUUCUGAGUUGUUUUGUAGUUGUGCACUUUGUUUAUAAGUUAUAAAGUAUAAAAUGCCACUUCCUGAAUGCCUUUUAUAAGAGUAAUAAAUCUUAACUGUG